AUGGCCGGAUACAACAACCGUCCGUUGAGUUUUUCCGAACGGAGGGGCAGCAUGCUUAGCGACGACAUGACGCUCAACACCGGAGGAAUGUCUAGCAGUUCGACGAGAUUGGAGAAGAUGCCCGCGCGGCCUGGCCACAUGCGAGGCCCUCCGACGCCUAGCAUGACGACGCCUGCUGCCGACUUUGACCAACAAUUGACUGCUUCGCCGCCGCCACCUCCGACUCCGGCAGCUUCUCCAGGCCCGUCCCACCACGAGCUUGACUGGAGUCACGCUGCAGAUGAUGAGGAUUUCUUCCUGGCUAAAGUUCGCCACCACUUCAAGAACUCUGGUGGUCCGCACCGAACCAGACUUCUCGCAGAUCUUCUAAAUCUUUGCACAAGCCAACAGCUGAGCUUCGUCCACCAAUUCGUCAGCCCGUUGCUCAAGAAGGAUCCUUUCACAAGUCUCCCAGAUGAGCUGUGUCUACGCAUCCUCUCAUUCAUUGAUGAUCCGAAAGUCUUGGCUCGUGCGUCGCAAGUAUCAAGGAGAUGGCGCGACUUGCUCAGCGACGACAUGACGUGGAAGAACCUAUGUGUGAAGCAUGACUACGGCAGACGUCUUUCGGAGGUUUCUGUUCCUAUGGGCAGCGCAUCGCGACCUGGCGCUCAGCCUCUUUGGGGUGACAACGAGUAUGCCAGCAGCAGCUUCCCGGGUGCGCUGCCUAUGACUGCUCAUGCCUCUGGCUCACGCAGUCUCGAUGGCUCAAAUACACGGCCCAAAAUGAGAUCAUACAAGUCCCACUUCAAGCAACGAUACCUUGUUGAGGCAGCCUGGAGAUCUGGCGGCACCAGCACAACCAGGAACAUUACUCAAGAAGGGGGUGUUGUGACAAGCCUACACUUGACGCCCAAGUACAUCAUCGUGGCCCUUGACAACGCCAAGAUUCACGUUUUUGACACAAAGGGCAAUGCUCAGCGUACUCUGCAAGGUCAUGUCAUGGGCGUAUGGGCGAUGGUGCCCUGGGAGGACAUUCUGGUUAGCGGUGGAUGUGACCGCGAUGUGCGCGUAUGGAACUUGGCAACUGGAAACGUCCUCGUUGGCCACGGCGCCAGCGUCCGAUGCUUAGAGAUCAAGGGAGACAUCGUUGUGUCAGGCAGCUACGACACCAUGGCCAAGGUCUGGAGCAUAUCGGAGGGCAGAUGCAUUCAAACACUUCAGGGUCACUUCAGUCAGAUCUAUGCCAUUGCCUUCGACGGCAAGAGGGUGGUCACCGGCAGCUUGGACACCAACGUUCGGAUUUGGGACCCUAGAACUGCUGAAUGCUUGGCCAUUCUGCAGGGCCACACAUCUCUCGUCGGACAGUUGCAAAUGCGCGGAGACACUUUGGUAACUGGUGGCUCUGACGGAUCUGUACGUGUGUGGUCUUUGGAGAAGAUGUGCCCCAUUCAUCGACUCGCUGCGCACGAUAACAGCGUGACCAGCUUGCAGUUCGAUGAUACGCGCGUUGUCAGUGGCGGCAGUGACGGCAGAGUAAAGAUUUGGGACCUCAAGACUGGUCACCUGGUCAGAGAGCUCAUCGCCCAAGGGGAGGCUGUUUGGCGAGUGGCUUUCGAAGACGAAAAGUGUGUUGCAUUGGCUUUGAGACAGAAUCGAACCGUGAUGGAGGUGUGGUCUUUCUCUCCACCCGAGGACGUGUUGUAUGACCGUCCGCUCUCCCUUCAGCAACGCGUUUUGCAAGAAACUCCGAAUCGACCAAUGAGCGCCAUGCAACUCGAUUUUAGACAACAGCAGCCGACUGUCGCCGGCCCAAGCCGCGAAGCCGCCGGAAGCCAGGAUGUAGAUAUGAGGGAUGCCGGCCCUUCUACGGCCCCUCUUCAAGGCGGUAACAAGACGUUUUUCCAUGACGACUAG